AUGUUACUGCGGAGGAUAGCGGUGACACGCCCGACUCGGGCCAUCACCUCAGGCCUUGCGAAUCCCAACACUCCUCGGAGAUUAUGGCCUCACAGAGCUUGCGCGUCGUGUGCGACCACCCAAACACCGCCCAAGCCGACAGCGGACCACCGACAACUUGGCGUCCAGCAGGAGCUCUUUACGACGUCGGUAUAUAGCCCCGGCUCGCCUAUUCUGCUACCGAACGGUGCAAGAAUCUUCAAUCGCCUCGUCGAGUUUCUCCGCAAGCAGUACAUCCGUUAUGGCUUUCAAGAAGUCAUCACUCCCACCAUCUACAAGAAGGCUCUCUGGGCAAAGUCCGGUCAUCUCGAGAACUACGCCGACGACAUGUUCACCGUGACGAGCACGUCUCCGUCGAGAAGGGAUACCGCCGAGAAUGGGGAGGAGGACGAGUACGGCCUCAAACCCAUGAACUGCCCUGGGCACUGUCUCAUCUUCGCCUCUCAGCGGCGAAGCUACCGAGACCUUCCCAUCCGUUACGCCGACUUCUCGCCGCUGCACCGAAAUGAGAUAUCCGGGGCACUGAGUGGACUGACCCGCGUCCGUCGCUUCCACCAGGACGAUGGGCAUAUCUUCUGCCGACCGUCGCAGAUCGAGGAAGAGAUCAAGAAGACGUUGGAUUUCGUGCGCAUCGCUUACAAGGUCUUCAAACUCGGCCCCUACCGGCUGACCUUGUCAACACGGCCCACAGAUCACUAUAUUGGCACUGCUGAGGAUUGGGAAGGAGCCGAGGGCGCCCUCAAAAGGGCACUCGACGCCUCUGGGCAGGACUGGACCGUGAACGAGGGAGAUGGGGCCUUUUACGGUCCCAAAAUCGACAUUAUCCUGAGGGAUUCGGACGGCAAAGAACACCAGACCGCUACCAUCCAGUUGGAUUUUCAGCUACCAAAGCGUUUCGAGUUAGAAUACCAGGCCCCGGCCCCAGAACUAGAGCGGAGGGGAGAGAGCACGGCGGACGCCGACAAGCUGGCCGAAUCCGGGCCUGUUACCCCCGUGCUCAUCCACCGAGCCGUACUUGGCUCCGUUGAGAGGCUGAUGGCCUUGCUGAUCGAGCAUUACAACGGCAAAUGGCCUUUCUGGCUCAACCCGAGACAGGUGGUUAUUCUCACUGUCAAUGACAGCGAGCCUGUGCUAGAUAUGGCGAGGUCGGCCCGUGACCAUCUGUUGGGGGUCGCGGGCUCGCAGAUCACCGACGACGGGCCGGUGUCCAAUGCGACGCAGAUUUCCGUCGACAUCGAUGAAAGGAAGACUAGUCUCGGCGCCAAAGUCCGAGAAGCGAAAGCAAAGGGCUACGGCGUCAUUGUCACGGUGGGCCCCAGGCAGCUGGGUAAAGGUACUGUCACCAUCGAGAUGAAUGGACUUGAUCAGGACGCAGGAGCCUCCCAGUCCCACAAGGAGAUGACGCCUCAAGAAUUAUUGGAUUUACUAAAGUCCAAGAUAGACUCAUACGAGUAG